AUGACUGCCGACACAACGCCCUUCCAGACUCCGCAAGCAUCCUUGAAGGACAUUGGGGGGGCUCUGCCCUCGACACCUAUUGCCGAGGAUGUGGAUCAUUUCGACGUUGCCGACCAUGCCAUCAAAAACCUACGCGACAUGCAGCCCUCAGCUAUGCUGGACGACGCCAUGUGGCGAGAUCAGGUCGCCUUGACUGGAACGAUGCGCACAUUCCAUGGCUCACGCACCGUCUCGCUGGCGUGGAACGAGCUCACUGCUGCCAACAGACCUCGAGGCUUCUCCAUCCUCGCCAAGUCUUCCAGCGUUGUGCGGCUGGGGCCAGCGCUGCACUGGAUCGAGGCUAUGUUUACCUUUUCCCUGUGGCCGGAGAAUAAGAGGCAGAAAAGCUGCACCGGCAUCAUCAGAGUCGUGCCUGUCGGCGGCGAAUGGAAGAUCUGGCUGAUCUGCACGAUUCUGGAAGACAUUCCAGACUAUGGCAUAAGCGAUUCCAUGCAGCCACUGACUCCAGAGCAGAGUGUCGAAGAAAGAGCAGCGAACAGUAUUUCCUCGGGCAAGGAUCGCUUCGAUGCUGUCAUCGUUGGGGGCGGGCAGUGUGGGCUAUCGACCGCGAGCCGUCUGAAAGCUCUGGGCAUCUCGCACGUUGUGCUGGACCGCAACGAGGAGGUCGGAGGCAACUGGCUUACCAGAUAUAAGUCAUUCACGCUACACACGUCCAAGUCAAUGAGCGACCUACCGUACGGCGGCAUCUUCCGGCCAGAGGAUCCGUACUUCCUCACCAGCGCUCACAUCGCCGACGGCUACAAACGCUUCGUCGAGCGCUGGGGUCUCAACUUCUGGCCUUGUUGCGUUGCGAAGAGGGCCUCUUGGGACGCCGAAAAGGAAGAAUGGAGCGUAGAAUUCGAGCACACCAACCCGACAGCCCUCCCAAGCGGCUUCGACGCCGCCAACGGCAGCGUCUCGGUAUCACCCCUCGUCACCCGCCGCACCAUCCAUGCCAAACACCUCAUUUUCGCCAUGGGCGGCGGCGGCCAGGUCCCCAGAUACCCCGAAAUCCCCAACCGCGCCGCCUUCACGGGCGAAGUCCUGCACUCAGUCAACUACACCAGCGCCGACGCCUGGCGCGGCAAGCGCGGCAUCGUCGUCGGCUCGGGCAACUCGGCGCACGACGUCUCGGCCGACAUGGUGGACGCGGGGUUGGCGUCGGUCACGAUAGUGCAACGGUCGCGCACGCCCGUCCUGACCGAGGCCCAGUACCACGCAUUCUUCGAUCCGCUCUACCACGAAGGCUCCGACGUCCCGCUCUCUGACCGCAUCAUGGGGAGCCCGCCCUUGCCCAUCACGCACAAGAUCAUGAAAGCAGUCCUCGGCGCCAUGGCCGCCGCGAUCCCCGACUACUUGGACAAGCUGGAGCAGGCGGGCUUCGCGGUCGACCGCGACAUCGACCUGGGCCAUUGUCUGUUUGAGCGCUUUGGCGGUCACUUUUACGACGUCGGCACGACCGAAAAGAUUGUCAACGGCUCCAUCAAGGUCAAGCACGGCGCCAUCGACAGCUUCACCGAGAGGGGUUUGCGGCUCGUGGAUGGGAGCGAGCUGGAGGCGGAUGUGGUCGUGUACGCGACGGGGUUUGUGGGGAACGUCCGGCAUGCCGCAACGGAAAUCGUUGGUGAGGAGGUCGGCGCGCGGCUGGAAGACUUCUGGGGCGUGGAUAAAGAGGGUGAGUUGAGAGGCGUGUCCAAGCCGAUGAUUGGGCAGAAGAACGUUUGGUAUAUGGGUGGGGAUACGGCUCUUGCACGGUUCUCCUCGAGGCUGCUUGCGCUGCAAAUCAAGGCGGAUCUGGAAGGGGAGACGUUGGACGUCUAUCGAAAGACGCCGGGAGAGUUGAAGAACUGA